AUGAUGCGUGGGGACAGGAAUUCGGCGCACGGCGCGGUGCAGAGCCUGAGCGCCUUCGACGUGCAGAACCGCUACGGGCGGCGCGCUCUGAGCCGCUUGUUCGAGCUGAUGCGCACAAAAGGGGCGGACAGCACCGCGGGCGUCGCCUUCUCGUUCGUCGGCCCGCGCCGGGGGCGGGCGAGCACCGCCGGCAAGAGGCACUGGCCGAGCUGGGUCAGGUUCUGCGACGAGGCGUCGAAGGCGCUCGCGGGCGUGGGCAUCAACCUGGACACGGAGGACAAGUACGACGAGUCGUUCCGGGAGUCGCACAACCUGAACGUCUUCCUGAACCGCAUCCUCAUGAUCUUUGGACCCGGGGCUGCAGAACGCGCUGUUCGACGCCGUGGCGGAGAUCUACGUGGAGCAGGUGGGCGCGGACCGGGCAGACGGCCUCUUCGACGGCGGGCUGGAGUCACUGGACCGCCAGGGCUCGGGCCGCGCCUCGGUGACCGUGGCGCACCGCGAGGUGCUCUACGAGGACCCUGA